UAAGAUUCUUGUCAUUUUUCACACACACACACGCUAGUUUACAGAAGAGAGAAAGAGAGAGAAAGAGAAAGAGAGAGAGUUUUAGAGAGAGAAAGUGUGGAGAGAGAGAGAGAUGGAGUAUGAGAGUCCGAGGAGUGGAAUGUCGAGUCCGGAGGCGAAGGUAGGGAUGCAAGUGGAGGACCUGUGGGACGUACAAGAGCCGCAGCUCAGUCCUACUGAGAAGCUCAACGCUUGCUUCGAGAGCAUUCCUGUCUCUUCUUUCCCUUCCGCUCCUUCUUCUAAAGCUUUGCAAACCUUUUAUCCAGAUAUUGAGAUAAACUCGGAUGCUAGUCUGGCUGAAGCAGUCUUGUUGAUGUCCCAACACAAAGUUCUUAGUGCACCUGUUGUGGAUGUUGACGCACCUGAGGAUGCUAGUUGGAUUGAUAGAUACAUGGGCAUUGUUGAGUUUGCGGGUAUUGUUGUAUGGAUACUGCAUCAGUCAGAAAAGCUAGAUGGAUCUGAUGGAUCAGAGUUAUUCGAAGCUGAACCAGACUCAAUCACUGGACCUGCUGUUGCAGCUGCAGCUGCAGCUAAUGGAAUGUCUUCUCCUAGAAAAUUUGGAAAUUUAAGUCCUAGAUCUGCUGCAAUUAUAUCUGGAAAGUUUUUUGAGACCCUAACUUCAUCCGACUUUUAUAAGAACACAAAGGUUCGGGACAUCUCAGGGUCAUUUCGAUGGGCUCCAUUUCUCGCUUUGCAGAAAUCUAAUUCCUUUUUGACCAUGCUUUUGCUACUAUCAAAGUACAGAAUGAAGAGUGUUCCUGUGGUCGAUCCAGGAGAAAGGAAGAUUGAUAACAUCAUCACGCAGUCUGCUGUUAUUCAUAUGUUGGAGGAAUGCGCCGGUCUUCAUUGGUUUGAAAGUUGGGGCACCAAGACACUAUCUGAACUUGGUCUUCCUUUGGUAAAGACCAGUCGCAUUAUUAAGGUCUACGAGGACGAAACAGUUUUGCAGGCAUUUAAACUGAUGAGACAAAAGGGAGUUGGUGGGGUACCAGUGGUUGAAAGUGGUGGAAGAAAGGCAAUCGGUAAUAUAAGUAUUAGAGAUGUUCAGUUUCUUUUAAUUGCACCCGAGAUAUACAAAAACUACAGAUCCAUCACGGCCAAGACUUUCCUGACAGCAGUUAGAAACUACCUUGGUGAACACAAAGAGGCCUCACCAUUGUUGAACGGCACGGUUACAUGUCAAAGAAACAACACAAUAAAAGAAGUAAUCAUGAUGCUCAACGCCCAGAAGAUUCAUCGGAUUUAUGUUGUGGACGAUGAAGGGAAUCUAGAGGGGGUAGUCACUCUCAGAGAUAUCAUCUCAAAGCUUGUACACGAGCCUCGUGGUUACUUUGGGGAUUUCUUCGACGGUGUUUUGCCAUUGCCAGAGAAUUGCAGGGUCUAAAAAGCAUCGAACUGUUGGUUUUGCAGUUCAUAUGCUGCUGAUGGAUUCUUAGUCAUUGACCUGUAUUUGUGUGUGAUGUCUGUGACUGUGUCAACUGGAGACUGGUAGGAGGUGGCGUGUGUGUGACAGGGUUUUAAAUAUCAGCCAUGAUGUAUCGUAUAUCACCCGUAACAUAUCAAAAUUUUAGAUUUCUCGUUAUUCAUUGAUAUAUUGGCCAAUAAUAUCCAAUAUUGGCCAAUAUAUAACUACAUCGUUGAUACCGAUACAUAUCCUGAUACUGUUAUUUAAAACCAUGGCGUGUAACAUAGGCAAAGCUUUUUUGUAGUUAUUGAUAGAGUUUGUUUUUCUUUUGCGUUAUGUUGUACCCACAAACUCCACCGGUGUGCCCCUUUUGUAGCUAAAAUAAUGGAAGUUUAUGUUGUUUUUGUGCCUGUGGUUCUC